AUGUCUUUCCGAGAUGGCCAGCGCCGCUACGGCCAUGUGCCCCCGGUGCAAUACCCCACCGCCGGCCAGUCGCAAGAUCAGCCUCCUUACCUGGGCCGCCGUCCAAGUUUCAACAACGGUGAUGACGCCGCCAUGUUUGACCAGAACAGACAACAAGCCCACGGCCAUCAGCAUACAGCAUCGAGGGGCGAGGACGAACUCUUCCUGACGAGCCCGACUGGAUCGAGCCACUCUGGAGGUCGACACAGCCACGGCUCGACGAACAACGCCCUCUCCGGCUACCAACAUCAGUAUCAAGCCUCGUCGCCUCCCACGUCGUCUCACUCGACCUACAACCCCCAAGCCUUUGCGCGGACCCCGUCAACCGCGUCAACAUCGCUGCCAUACCACCCGCACCCUUCGAGUCGAUACGGUUCCACUACUUCGCCGACUUCGUACACUCCCCCUGCCCCCUCCGGCUAUACGCCUGCUGCUUACAACCCGGCUGCCUACGCGGGGACGUCGGUGCCUCAGCGGCAGCCGACAUACUCUGGCUAUAACAAUUACAACCAGAGCUACGGCUCGCCGACCACGUCUCAGCCGUCCUCGACAUUCGGCCAGUCGCCGCCUACUUCAUACUCUUCCACUUUCCAGUCGAUGCAGGCGUCCGGGAAUCCCCAAGCCUCAGCUUACGAACAAUCGUAUUCGCAAUCUUACGGCAAUAAUUAUGGCGCAUAUGCGACGAACGGUGCCAACUCCACAUCAUCAUACGCAGCUGACACCUCAUCCACUCCGUAUCCGAUUCAAUCACAGAUGCCUGUCGGCCCAGCUUACUCUGCCGAUCCUACCUCCUUCUACAGCAGAACCACACGGUCCGACUCGGCGGCGUCGCCGAUUUCAUCGCCGCAAAUUCAGCAACACGGCCUGACGCGGCAUCCAACCAACGCCCCUCUCCCCAGCCGGCCGAUGGAAGAGCCUGUCUGGGACCCGAGCGCCGCGACCCCCACCGACGAGGACCAAGCUCAACUGCAGGCCGACAUUAUGCAAGACAUCGAGGCGGAACUUGGCGGGCGACACCGUCCUGCACCGAUCAACGGUCAGAAUUUCUCCGACGACGAACUGCAGGGUCUACGACGAUACAACUCGGACCUGGCAAGCAUGCAUCAAUCAUCGGCUACCUCGAAUGCUCGUAGCAACAACCCUACCCUGACGGUCCAAUAUGAUGACGACGAUGAUGAUCCGGAAGGAACCGCGGGCCUGUUGGCUAUGCAACAAGCCGACUUGGACGAUCGGCGGUUCAGCAACGUGGCAGCAUUUUCCUAUUCUGAACCAGCCACCGUCAACCCCCUCCCACCUCCUCCAGAAGAACAAAGUGACGGCACAGACUAUGGCGGCAUGGACCUGGGUGCGCUUGCUGGCGGUUACGCUGGGAACCUGGCCUACGGUAGCGAGGUCGCCCCCGCGCCGACACAGGACGGAUCACGGCCGCUUCCCAACCCCACCGAGUACUCCCACGAGGCAUACGAAAGAGCACCGGCGUUUCAAGAUGCCGAAGUUGAUUACGGCGGCACUGGAGGUUUGCAGGCUCCUUCUGCUCACCGCCUAAGCUUUGAUGAGAACGCCGACGAACGAGUGUCCAUCAACUCGAAGCAGAGCGGCAGCGAGUCCCCGUACAAAGAGGACUACCCAGACAUCUUCUACCACCCAGGACUUUCAAGUCGGCCCCUCCCGGCUCUGCCUCCCGGCCCCAGCAGCGAUACGAGCUCCUUGCUCUCCGUACAGCAGACGACUAGGAGCUACCAUUCGCACUCUCUCAGCAACGAUUCUCGGACACUCUAUCACGAGGGAUCCGAUUAUCAUCAAAGCUCAACCACUCUCAAUUCGCCAUUCCCCGAGCGAUCCAUUUCUCUGUCAAGUCACAGUCACACGCCUCAAGUACAGGCUCCUACUCGGUCACGAACGGAUGCGGCUGAAGAGCGGAGGAAGAUGGCCAGGCACCAAAUGCAACAGCAACAACUUGCGCAGCAACAGGGACUGCCGUACGACGGCUACGAAUCUGGAACACCUUCAUCGAUGACAUAUGAUAUGAUCACACUACCGAGCGGCCGAAAGAGGAAAUUUGUCCCGUCUAAACUGACAGCCGGCGAUCUCAAGAGAUGCGCGGAACCUUGGGCCCUAAGUGGGAUAGCAGCUUGGAUUCGAGAGAUGGCCGACGGCGAGCCGGACCUGAAGCAGAAGACCGUCGAGGAGGCUCUGCUCAAGCUCUUCACCGCCAAGGUGCCGACCAUCAACGUGGCCGAUGCAGAGCUUCUCAGCACUCUUGUGUCUCAACUGAUGUUGGAGGCCGGUGUGCUGGUCCCAGAAGAGGAGUGGGUCAAGUUCGGUAACGGCCAAAUAUCUGGUGUAUUGCCUCAACUGACGGGCGCGGGUUGCUACGCAUCCAAGCUCCAUGAUGACGAUUCCCAGGGCGGCAGAUGCUACUCUUACCACUGCAUGAGAACGCUGAAGAAGGCUAACCUGGACGAGCUCCUUCUCGAAGAGGUCAAACCUGCCGACUGGAAUGUGCAUUACAAGGUCCAAGACGCCGAACUGGCCGAGAAACCGAAGAAAGAGAUUGAGCGUCAACACGUCCUACACGAGAUCGUUAACAGUGAAGAACUGUUCAUCAAUCAGCUCGAGGUUCUUCGUGUCCUGUACAGGGAUCAUUUGCGAAACAGCCAACCGCCCAUCAUUCCCCCUAAUAAGAUUGAGAAAUUCCUUCAGGUUGUGUUUGGCAAGGCUGAUGCCGUGCAAAUCGUCAACAAAGAUAACCUUUUGGCGCAGCUGAAAUACCGACAACAAGAGCAAGGGCCAUGGAUUACGGGAUUUUCGGACCUGUUUCGCGAGUGGAUCCGAAAAGCCAGGGAUGUGUACAUCGACUAUGCGUCCCAGUUCCCAUAUGCUGAGUACAUGGUUCGUAAGGAGUCUGACCGCAACCUACUAUUCCGCAAUUUCUUGGAUCAAGUGCAGAAGCACAAGCGUUCCGAGCGUCUGGGCUGGCAGCAUUUCCUAAAGACCCCGAUUACGCGAUUACAGAGAUACUCUUUGUUGCUCGAGACUGUCGAGAAGAAGUCGAUUCGGGAUGACGAGGAGAAGGCUAACCUGGCGAGGGCUAUCGCGGAGAUUCGCAAUGUCACCAUGGAAUGUGACACCAAGGUCGCCGAGAUGCAGAAGAAGGUGGAGAUGAUGGAGCUCAACUCCAUGCUUGUCCUUAGGCCCGGCUUCCAUUCCGUCCUCAACCUCGACCAUCUCGGCAGGGAGCUUAUUAAGCAGGGUGACUUGCAAAGAAUGGGUUCGAAGGGUGUGAGAUGGGUUGACACGCACGCCCUGUUGUUCGACCACUACUUCAUUCUAGCGAAGGUGGUCAGUCCCAAGGAUGGCAGAGGGGAGAAGAAAUACGACGUAUCCAAGGAGCCGAUUCCGAUGCCUCUGCUCUUCCUCGAUACGAUGAAUGACGAUCCGAUUUCGAAGCAGAAGGGUAUCACGGCGCCCCUAACCCGUACCACAGGCACAGGAGGGUCGGAUCCCAGACUGAAUAAGAUCUCAUCCAACGGCACCGAACGUCCCGGCCUCGAACAUGUUGCUACGAGCUCCUCGAUCGGGUCGACAUCGACGGCAAGACUCACACCAGUCAUGUCUACGGACCCUGAAGGCAAGAUUCUCUACCCCUUCAAGAUCAAGCACCUUGGGCACGAAACGUACACUCUGUACGCCACAUCAGCGCAGGCCAGAGCAGAGUGGGUUGAAAAGAUUAUAGAAGGAAAGACGCGCCACGCCAAAGCUCUGUUCUCUCAAAACGCGGAACCUUUCCGCCUCCGUGUGCUCGCCGACAGCGCCUUCGUGUACGAUGCGGCGUCUGCUGUUGGAAGGCAGCCGGGUGUGCCCAUCCGAGGCACUCCCCUCGACCGCGCUGUCCGGGAGAUUGAAGAGGUCUAUGGACCCGGAAGAGGCCCAGCACCAGUGUGCAGGGCGCAAGUCAACUGCGCUUGUGGAUUCAACGCGUUUGGCAAGUCUAUUAUUGCCAUCGGUACAGACUACGGCGUAUACAUCUCCGAUGCGACAAACCCCCGCGGUUGGAUGAGGAGCGUACAAACCUCGAGAGUAACGCAAAUAGCUGUGCUUGAGGAGUUCUCGGUCUGUCUGAUCAUUGCGGAUCGGUCCCUCAUUGCGUAUCCACUAGAUGUGAUCGCGCCGGUUUCGAACUUCCCGGCUCCUUCUCACGACAACCCGAGACGGGCGCCACAGAGGCUGGCCAAGGACGUGGCAUUCUUUGCUACUGCCCGCAUGAAGGAGCGCAUGCUUGUCUUUUUCAAGCGAAAGGAGGGUAUGCACAACACGUUCAAGGUUCUCGAGCCCGUCUUCCAAAAGUCGACUGAGAAGAGAUCUCGUCUGUUUGGUGGACGUAGGGGCAUGGGAGGCAGCACCGAUUCCUUCCGUGACUACGACGAAUUUUACCUGCCGACGGAGUGCUAUUCGCUUAACCUCUUCCAGAGCUACAUUGCUGUAUCGACAGCCAAGGGUUUCGAGCUACUCACCCUCGAUAAGAAGCAGACCAUGUCGAUCCCCGAUCUCAAGCAGCCUGCGAUCGCCAACAUCGCCAGCAGAAUACGCGACCAGAAGCCGCUUGGCAUGUUCAAGCUGAACGACCAGGAGUUCUUGUUAGCCUAUGAGGACUGCGCUGUUUACGUCGACAAGCACGGCGACGUGAGCCGCACCCUCAUCAUGGAAUACUCUGGCAAGCAGAAGAAGGCAACGAGCGCGACCAUGUAUGGGCAGUACCUGCUCCUCUUUAACGGAGAUUAUGUAGAAGUACGUAACGCGGAGAACGGUCGCCUCAGACAGAUCAUUGCUGGUCGCGAUGUCAGAUGCCUCGACUUCGGCGUUAGAGGCCCGACGGGUGGCAACACAGCAAGCAACCAGAACAACUGGCUCGGCGGUCAAACACCGGCAGGGGAGGAUUCCAAGGGAACGGUCAAGAUCUCGAUGAGCCAUCCCGAGCAACACGGCGUUCAGAUCGUGUUGGAGAUGCUCCUGAACGAUGGACACAUGGAGAAAUAG